AUGGGCUCGAUUCCCGUGGGAUCGCCGCCAGCCCCGGGCAGCGCGGGGCGGCUGAGUGGCGUCUGCGGCGCCGUGCGGGGUGCGGCGGCCCGGGACGCGGCGGCGGAUGAGCGGGCCAGCGCCGCCGCUCGCGGGGACCCGCAGCGCCUCCGGGAGCUGCUGGACGGAGCGGUCAACCCCAGCGCCGCCAACUCCUGCGGCAGGACCCCCAUACAGGUGAUGAUGCUGAGCAGCCCGCCAGUGGCCGAGCUGCUGCUGCGGCACGGAGCCGACCCCAACCGCGCCGACCCGCGCACCGGCUGCCUCCCGGCGCACGACGCGGCCCGCGCCGGCUUUCUGGGCACGCUGGCGGCGCUGCACCGGGCCGGGGCGCGCCUCGACCUCCCCGACGGCCGCGGCCGCCUGCCCCUCGACGUGGCGGCGGGGGGCCCGCACGGAGCCGUGGGGCGGUACCUGCGCGACCCUCCGGCCUGUGCCUAA